AUGAAUCUCCCGCCAAUUCGGGGCGCCUAUAUGGUGCAAUAUCGCAAUAACCUGAUAGGGAAACACUUCAAGGCCAUCAUGCAGGCUCUGGCUUUCCAUAUCCACGACAUUUGCACACCCGAACAGUUCCAGUUGGUCAAAGCUACAGCCGAUCUGGGAGCGAGAAUAUGGGUUCCUGCCAUACACGAUAUGAAGGCCUAUAUUGCGGACCUCAAAAUUGCCAUUGCCAAUGUUCUCGACGCAUGGGAUGUUGUAGAUCCACUCCGGAUACUCACAAAGAUUAAGCUCCAUCUUCUGGUCCAUUUACCGGAGGACAUUGAGCGAUUUGGCCCACCUAUUCUCGUGUCCACGGAAACACAAGAGGGAUACAACGCCGUUUUUCGGCUUGUGCAGCUGCUCAAGACAGACAGUGUUUUCCAACGACAUCUCGGAUGGGUUACCAAACCUUCACCUGUCCCAGGCUUCACACGCCUUCUGGGAUUAGAAAGAAAUCCGGCAAUCCCAUGGUCAAAAACGACUGCCGCGCGCCAUGUGAUUCCUUCCGAAAUUUCAGGCCCAAUCGAUGUUGAUUCAGUCUGGCGCCCCGGUUUAUAUGUGGUCUCGAAGAAUGGAGAUCAUGUCCAGCGCUGCACUUGGGCAUUUGCGCGGGACUCGGAAGCAAAACUGUUUCUCGGAAGAGUUCAGGAGAUCGUUUACGCCAAGGGGGUUACUCUUGUAACUUUGGAACGCUUCAUUUGCUCCUCGGAACGUCAUCCGGUAUUUGACUGGCCGGUUAUACGACGUCCAAACGGGGAGGAAAUCAAAGAAAAUAUCACAACUGAGGUUGUUGUGGCUGGUGCUGAUAUCGAGUUUACUUGCUCAGUUCAACAUGACUGCCGUGGUGGGAGCUGCCGACCUUCGGCCAUCGGCAAGUGUCUUCAAGAGCGGGAGGAAACCACUCAGGACUUGAGUUUGAUCAAACAUUUCGACGAUGACAAAUAUAUUCUGAACCUGGGAUCGACCCACAACUUUGCGCUAUUAACCCAGGUUCUGCCGCCCGAUGCAUACCUUCUCAAGCCUCUUCAACAUGAUCGUGCUGCAUUCCACCGAUCAAUGUCAGCGACAGCUCACGGGAAACGCACAACGGCACGCGAACAAACUGCGCAGAAGCGGCGGCAGAAGGCUGCAGCUCGGAAACAGAACACAAUGGAGCAAGCCCCGGAGAAUUAUGCAGCUGAAGAGGGCAACACUGACUCAGGGGAUGAGCCUGAGCCUGAGCAACCAAAGGAGUUGGAAAAUUCAGAUGAUGGAUCGGAGGAGGAACAGAUGGAUGACGGUGAUUAUGUACCACCAAAACAGGGGGUCACGAAAAAUCAUGGCAAUCCAGGAGGACUUAAAAGAAAAAGAAGGAGGUUACAUUAG